AAAUUUUGGCCACCGGCAUUUCCUUGUUUUAAGGGUUCUCUGCAUUUGUUCUUGCUUGGAAGCUCUGCAUCCCUUUCUAUAUUCUCAUCCUCCCCAGGAGAGACAUCUCUCUCUCUCUCUCUCUCUCCCUCCCUCUAGCUCUAGCUGUGAGAAACACCAAGAAGAUAGUGGGUAUUCUUGUCUGAGGAAGAUCAAGUGGAGAAGCAAUUUCAAAGCAUGAAGGACCAGGAAAGAGAUCGUUUUGGUGGGAGUCCUUUGAUGAAGUCUGGCGAGACAACUCCAGAGAGACCCUUCUCUCUCUCUGAACAUCUCAGCACAACCCAGAGCCCUUCUUCUUCGGAUGGCUCUCCCAGUCCUUCCUUCGACGCCAGUGUAGAUGAAGAGGACUCCAAGAAGGGAACCACCAGGCAGUUGGGGAGAAAACACAGCAGCUUCGCAUACAGAGUAAUAGAUCAUGUGAAGCUCGGGGCUAAGCUGUCUGAAACCGUGAGGAAGCUGAGUUUGGGAGCCAAAGUGAUUCAAGAAGGCGGAAGGGAGAACAUUUUCAAGCAUAUUUUCGGCAUGAAUGAGAAGGAGAAGUUCUUGAAGGCCUCACAGUGCUAUUUAUCCACAUCGUCUGGUCCAAUAGGAGGACUUCUCUUCAUCUCCACGAAAGUUGCCUUCUGCAGUGACAGAUCCAUCGAUUUCCCUUCCCCAACUGGAGAAAUAGUCAAAGCACCUUACAAGGUUUCAAUACCAACAAGGAAAAUAAAAUCAGCGAAUGAGAGUGAGAAUGUGGACAAGCCGGCGCAGAAGUAUGUGCAGAUUGUAACCGAAGAUGAUUACGAGUUUUGGUUCAUGGGGUUCCUGAGAUAUGAGAAAGCCUUCAGAAUCUCGAAAGCCCUUUCUGCGGCCAAAGAAGCGAAAAUCUCCUUGUGAAGUUAGUAUAUUGUCUUCUGUUUUUAGGUGCCCAAAACCUUGUGAAGUUAGUUGAAGUUAGAGAAAACUCUUUGUAGGUAGUGACGUGUGUUUAUUGGCUGGCAAAGCAGAGGAAUAUGCUCUGCAGCUGGUGCUUGCAUUUUCAAAUGACCAGAAAGUGUCCGUGCUUGUAGCUCUUCUUUUUUUUUUUUUUUGGUUGGUCAGGUGCUUGUAGCUCUUCAUGUGCAAUUAUCACUUGCAACUACUCUAGGUGGUGUCUCUUUCUGCUUGUAAAGCUAAUCAUAAUAUCGACUGAACCUCUUCACAUGAAAGACCCCAACUACCUCCCAAUCCACAAUAGAAUCAGUGAUGACAGAUUAUUCGCCGA